CACUGCCUAAACUUGUUUAACUUGCUCUUGUGUGUUUUCGUUUUACCAAGUUAAGGAGAUAAGAUUUCGAUUAAACCAGUUGUGCAAGAGUAUUGUUGUUUCGCUGUACUGUAACUCAUAGAGUUGGGCAUUGAAACGGUAUUAACAGCACCCCCUGCAGGGCUCAGGGGGGUGCUACGGUCUAAAACAUUUUUUCUCCGCGUCAUUGUUACUGUAAAUUUUGGAGCCAUUUGGUGUGUUUUCAAAUCAUAUCACAAAAAAGACACAUGAAAUUGUUCAACAAAUUAAAAGACAUGUCACUGAUCAGAAGAUGGAUUUUGCUUCAAGGUUAUGAGAUUAGGGGAGAAAAGAGAGAGAAGAAGGGAGUGAGAGAGAGACAGGGAGGGAGAAGGAGAGAGAGAAAGAGAGAGAGAGAGAGCUUUCCCUCACGACAGUGCUGAGAAAGCUGAGUCAUGUAAGAGGACGGGAAAAAAUGACAGCAGAGAAAAUAGAAAAUAAUGAAAAGGACAUCUUUAAUAAACAUAACAGGGAAGAUGAAUGAUAUUUUCUGUCAGUGUUUCUUUAUAUAAAGCUGAUAAACAAAAACCUCUGACAGGAACUAAAAUGAAUGGAAGCUGCACUAUUUCUACGUGUCAAUGAAAGGAGGUGGAGGAAAGGUGACGAGCUCAGUUGAAGUGAUGAUAACGUGGCAGAGAGAAAGGAGGGGCUGGGUUUUAUUGUCAUCGAUUGUACGUGUGUGUGUGUGAGGACUCACACUGGGAGACAGUGGUGCAGCGACAGGAGCCACAUGAGCAGUGGGAGGAGCCAGAAGAGAAUAAAAAUCCACACCCCUCUCUGCCAAGCAUCCAUUUACUGAGAAGCUGCUGCUCCACUGGAUGUUUACAGACUCAGCAGUAACAGUAGAAGGGAAAAAAACACUGCUGUGAAUGUGAAUUACAGCAGGCAGCCCUGCCACCUUGCAGUAGUCUUUGAGCAGACACUGGAGCAUCGCUCAGGAGACCGUCGCUUUCUUCUUGUCAGUUUGGAUUUUUUUUACCUCAGACAGAAGACGAUAUUAUGACAGAGUGAUUCAAAUUGAGGAUGCGGUUUCUUCUCUGAACACUGUUGGGAAAAGAUCUAUUAAAUCCAAGAAGUUACUACAGGAAAGUCAUCAGCUGCUGUCUUUAUCAACACAGGCAUCUACAGGUUGCGUCCAAGCAUUUUUUUUUUCCAGACCAAGUUAAAAACAUGACCACGAUGCAAAAACUGCUGCAGCUGCCAGUAAACGCUGUGAAUAUUGUGAAGACGGUGCAGAGUCAGGUGCAAGGCCAGAGUCAAGAGGAAGACAAGAGCCCAGUGCUGAGCCCUGACGGUGGGCAGCAGACCUGGUACAGCGCCCUGCAGCCUGAUGAGCUGCGACACCUUCGACCUGGAGGUUCAGGGGGUGGUGGAGGAGGAGGAGGUGGAGGAAGUAGUGGUGGAGGAGACCAGGACGAGCGUGCAACACUUGACGAAGGUGGUGGUUUCCAAAAUCAACCUUUGCGACACGACGACUUGAAGGAGAUGCUGGACAGCAACAAAGACUCCUCCAAGCUGGAGGCAAUGAAGCGGAUCGUAGCUAUGAUCGCCCGAGGUAAAAACGCAUCCGAUCUGUUUCCUGCUGUGGUGAAAAACGUGGCCUGUAAAAACAUAGAGGUGAAGAAGUUGGUAUAUGUCUAUUUGGUUCGCUACGCUGAGGAGCAGCAGGACCUGGCUCUGCUCUCCAUAUCCACGUUUCAGAGAGGACUGAAGGAUCCUAACCAGCUGAUCAGAGCCAGCGCCCUGAGAGUUCUCUCCAGCAUCAGAGUUACUAUAAUUGUCCCCAUCAUGAUGCUGGCCAUCAAAGAAGCUGCCUCCGACAUGUCUCCAUACGUCAGAAAGACUGCUGCUCAUGCUAUUCCUAAACUCUACAGUUUGGAUCCAGAACAGAAGGAUCAGUUGAUUGAAGUCAUCGAGAAACUCCUCGCUGACAAAACCACGUUGGUGGCAGGAAGUGUGGUCAUGGCCUUCGAGGAAGUGUGCCCUGAGCGCAUUGACCUGAUCCACAAGAACUACAGGAAGCUGUGUAACCUGCUGAUAGAUGUGGAGGAGUGGGGGCAGGUGGUCAUCAUCAACAUGCUGACCCGCUACGCCAGAACACAGUUCCUUAACCCAAACAUCAACGAGUCUUUGCUAGAGGAGGGAGGAGGCGGGGAGAAGACUUUCUAUGGCUCUGAGGAAGACGAGGAUGAUGAGGAGGAGGAGAAGGAGAAAAAAUCCGAGGCUGCGGCCUUGGCCAAAAGGAAACCCUACGUCAUGGAUCCAGAUCAUCGCCUUCUGCUCAGGAACACUAAGCCUCUGCUGCAGAGUCGCAACGCAGCUGUUGUCAUGGCUGUAGCUCAGCUCUAUUUCCAUCUUGCUCCUAAAGCAGAGGUUGGUGUCAUUGCAAAGGCCCUGGUCCGACUCCUGAGGAGCCACAGUGAGGUGCAGUAUGUUGUUCUUCAGAACGUGGCAACAAUGACAAUCAAGCGAAGGGGGAUGUUUGAGCCAUACCUGAAGAGUUUUUACAUCCGCUCCACAGACCCGACCCAGAUCAAAGUCCUGAAGCUGGAGGUUCUCACCAAUUUGGCUAAUGAGACAAAUAUUUCCACUAUCCUCAGGGAGUUUCAGACGUACAUUAAAAGCAUGGAUAAAGACUUUGUCGCUGCUACCAUUCAGGCCAUCGGCCGUUGUGCCACCAACAUCGGAGAAGUGAGAGACACAUGUCUGAAUGGACUGGUGCAGCUUCUGUCCAACAGGGAUGAGCUCGUUGUGGCCGAGUCUGUGGUUGUAAUCAAGAAGCUGCUGCAGAUGCAACCAGAGAAGCACAGUGACAUCAUCAAGCACAUGGCAAAACUCACUGACAACAUCCAGGUGCCAAUGGCACGGGCCAGUAUCCUGUGGCUGAUUGGAGAAUACUGUGAGCAUGUUCCCAAGAUCGCCCCGGAUGUUCUGAGGAAGAUGGCCAAGUCUUUCACUAACGAAGAAGACAUAGUCAAACUGCAGAUUAUCAAUUUGGCUGCCAAGCUGUAUCUCACCAACUCCAAACAGACCAAGCUGUUGACACAGUAUGUUCUAAACUUGGCCAAGUACGACCAGAACUACGACAUCCGUGAUCGGGCGCGCUUCAUACGCCAGCUUAUCGUGCCCACCGAGAAGUGUGGAGCUCUUAGCAAGUACGCUAAGAAACUGUUCCUCGCCCUGAAACCGGCUCCAGUCCUCGAGUCUCCAUUUAAAGAUCGAGACCACUUCCAGUUGGGUUCACUGUCCCACCUGCUGAAUGCCAAGGCUGGGGGCUACCAGGAGUUGCCUGACUGGCCUGAAGCUGCCCCUGACCCCUCCGUGCGCAACGUGGAGGUGAAGGAGUCUGUUUUUGCGCUGCUUGAAAGAGUCACAACAUUAACGAGUGUGCCUGAAUGGACCAAGUGUAGCAGCCGUGAGAAGCGGAAAGAAAAGAAAGUUGAGAAGCCAUUCUACUCCGACUCAGAGGGAGAAUCUGGGCCAACAGAAUCAGCCGAUAGCGAGUCAGAUUCUGCCAGUGGUUCAGAGAGUGGCAGUGGCAGUGAAGAGAGUGGGUCAGGAUCAGAGAGUGAAGAGAGUGAAGAAGGCUCUGAGUCUGAGGAGGAGGAAGAAGAAGAGGAGGGAGAGGAGAAAGACCAGAAGAAGAAGAAAAAUAAGGAAAUAAAGAAGCCAGUGCAGGAAAGUGAAAGUGAGAACAGCAGUGAAGAAGAAGAGAGAAAAAAUGAGAGGAAGCGUAGACAACGUAAGAAUGACUCAGAAUCGGAGUCUGAAGAGGAGGAGGAUGAAAGCGAGUCUGAGAGCAGCCAAUCAGAGUCGGAAGACUCUGACUCAGAGGCAGAGGUCAAAAAGAAAAAGACAGCACAGACAAAACCUCCCCCCAAACCUGCAAAGACAGACAACAAGAAGGGGAAGAAAGAAAUGUCUCUACUUGACCUCGAUGACUUUGAACCUGCACCUUCACCUCAAGUUACACCUGUCAACAACUUCCUGUCCAACAGCCUUGUCACAGAUCUGGAGGGCUUGUCCCUGUCGGACAAUGUUCUGUCUCCUGCAACCAUCUCUCCCUCUAGUGCGACGAAAAGCUACGAGCUCCUGCACCGGAUCACGGGUGAGGGUCUGUCAGUGGAGUACUGCUUCAGCCGACAGCCAUUCAGCCCUGAUGCUAACAUGGUGGCAGUGCAAAUAGAGUUCACCAACAACACCACAAACGACACCAAGAACCUUCACAUGGAGGACGUGAAGCUGCAAUCUGGGAUGAGGGUUAAAGAGUUCCCUGAGAUCGAGCUGCUGCCAGCAGGUGAGACGACCACUGCUGUGAUGGGCAUUGACUUCUGCGACUCAACACAAGCAGCCAACUUCCAGCUGUGCACUCACUCCCGGAAGUUUUUCGUGUCCAUCCAGCCACCUGUCGGGGAGCUGAUGAGGCCUGUGUUUCUCACUGAAAACGAGUUUAAAAAGGAGCAAGGGCAGCUGAUGGGUAUGAAUGAAAUCACAGAGAAGCUGAUGUUGGACGUGAAGUGCCGCAACGAACACGCCAUCGUCCAGAGGGUGAUCACAGCAGCCAACCUCAGCAGAGUGCCCUGUGGUUCAGAUAAAGAGUGCAGUCCUCCUGUUCUUCCGCCUGAACUUCCUGUCCACAGGUUUUCCGGCAGGACUGUAACCAGCAGCAGUCUCGUAUUGGUUACAGUGGCCAGCAAAGAGGAAGGAACCGCCCAGCUGAUGGUCAACUGCGAGAAAAUGGUGAUCGGCACCAUGCUGGUCAAAGACAUCCUCCUGGCUUUGACGCAGUGACCUGCAGUGAACCUGAAACCAUCACCUCCUCUAACCCACAUCCUCGAGCUUCUUCUCACAUAAACGUCCUCUAAGCCUUAUCACAUGUGUAGCAUUCAGCCCUUUUUCUGUAAGCAGUGUCAGUGAGAACAUCUCCAGGUUAUUGAUCUGUUAAAGCACUCCCAGAAAACCACAAUUUCUCCAUGACAAUCAAAACGUACAUGUAAAACCUAUUAUAAAAUGUAACUGACUACAAAAUGAGAACAUAUUCACUUAAAUAUUAUAUUAUUAUUCUAAACACUGGUUAUUUCCCCAUUUUCCCCAAGAGUUAAUUAUUAGUAUUUUCAAUAUUUUGGUCCAACCAGUUUCCUGAGUUAACCAUGAAAGUGAUGCAGUUCUAGGUUUU